AAUAAUGUUAUAUUAAUCUACUCCGUUCAAUAUAUGUAUAGGUACAUAUGAGAUAAGAAUUCCUUUUUUUCCUCAGUGUAUCAUAUAUCACAAUUUUAAUACCCUGUGAUAUGCGGUAAAUAUGCGUUACAAUAAACAUAAUCUUUAGAUUUUGUCAAGACAGAUAAUCUCAAGAUCUAUAGUUACACUCGCCAACACUCAAGACAUUAUCGAAUCGGAAAUUCUGAUAAAGAUGUCCAACGGUAGGGGACUGACAAUAAGAAUGCAGGAGAGAAUCAAAUCAACCAUAGUUAGAUUAUUAGUGCAACCAUGGCUGGUCAAAUGCGAUUAGCUUUCUUUCUCGUGAUCAUAACAUUAGUGCACAGCAAAGUUUCAUCUCCUAUUAUCAAGCAAACCUUCAACAUUAGCUCUCAAGCAAAAUUAAAUGAGAUCGUGGAUCGUCUAUUGCCGCGUAUACGCAGUUUCAUCUUAGAAAAUGGUAUGGAUCCUACGGACCUCAUCGAUUUUUCUGAAAGUAUUUUCCCACUUUUGCCUGGAAUACUGAAGGGAAAUAUAGAUUUCAAGAAUGGUUGGUUGCAAAAUCUAUCGCAAUUAAAGCGUGCCGGAUCCGUAACCGGGGAGUACAAGGAUAAGCUCUUCAUGUUGAAUAUGAAUUUUGGAUUUGAUGUUUUGGACUUUAAUUAUGAAUAUUACUUGACAUAUAUGUUAUAUAAAAGGCAAGGUGAUGUAAACGGUCGUUUUUACAAUCUUGACGUUAAUGUUGUAAUAACGAUAGAUUUGACUAAUUACCAUUUGAGUCUCGAAUCUAUUAAAUUCUCGAAAGUUAGGAAAUAUGACAUCAAGUUCGAAGGUAAUAUCUUAGAUGUUAUUUUAAACGCACUGACUAAAGUAGUCACACUGUUUUUCCGUACAUAUAUAUUAACAGGCAUUGAGAAUCGUUCCAUGAUGAUUCUUAAUGCAAAAAUUGAUGAAUGGAACAAGAACUUCCCACGACCAAAUCGUACGGAAGUGAUAGAAAACUGGCUUAAUAUGAAAACAGAUUUCUAUUAACUUUUUUAUCAUUUUAAAAAUGUUCAUUAUAUUCGUUCGCAUUAAAACGUACUAUAUAUGUAUAAUAAUAAUAUUUAACAAUAAGUACAACUAUCUACAAGCGCGAUUUAAUGUUUUGUGAAAUAAUCAUUAUAAUAAUAUAAAUUUAAUAUGCCCGAUUAUAUAUAUGCUUAUCUAGAAAACAUUUUUAUACUUAUGACAUAAUAACAAAUGAUUGCAAUUGAUAAAGAGAUAGGAUAUUUUGUAUGACUUCUUUCAUAUUCAUAAACAAACUGUAACAUUGAA